AUGCCCGGUUUAUCAGAACCAAAUACCAUUCGUAUUCUUCUUGCGACCGAUAACCAUGUCGGCUACAACGAGCGAGACCCCAUCCGUGGUGAUGACUCGUGGAAGUCGUUUCAUGAAGUCAUGUGCUUAGCUAAAGACCAUGAUGUCGAUAUGGUCCUCCUUGCCGGUGACUUAUUUCAUGAGAAUAAGCCGAGCAGGAAGAGUAUGUACCAAGUUAUGAGGACGCUGCGAAUGAACUGCUAUGGUGAAAAACCAUGUGAAUUGGAAGUUCUGAGCGACGUCUCGACGAAUUUGCAGGGGACUUUCAACCACGUUAACUAUGAGGAUCCGGAUAUCAAUGUCGCUAUUCCGGUGUUCUCGAUUCAUGGGAAUCACGAUGACCCGUCUGGGGAAGGACAUUUAUGCGCUCUAGAUAUUCUGCAGGUUUCAGGGUUGUUGAACUACUUUGGACGAACGCCCGAAAAUGAUAAUAUAACAGUAUCGCCGAUAUUGCUUCAAAAGGGUACUACGAAACUGGCAUUAUACGGGUUAAGCAACGUUCGCGAUGAACGGUUGUUUAGGACUUUCAGAGAUGGGAAAGUUAAAUUUUUGAGGCCUGGGGCGCAGAUUGAUGAGUGGUUUAAUCUUAUAGCCGUGCAUCAGAACCAUCAAGCACAUACAGAAACUGGAUAUCUACCUGAAAACUUCCUACAGGAGUUCUUAGACCUCGUCGUUUGGGGGCAUGAACAUGAAUGUCUUAUCACACCACGGGUGAACCCUGAAAUGGGGUUUUCGGUCGUCCAACCGGGUUCUUCGGUAGCCACAUCUUUGUGCGCAGGUGAAUCGGUUGCAAAGCAUGUUGGAAUCCUUAGUAUCACAGGGAAGGACUUUGAAAUCGAACCGAUCAGGUUAAAGAGCGUUAGGCCUUUCAAGAUGAAAGAGGUGGUUUUAUAUGAUAGCAAAGCUAUGCAGAAAAUCGCCACAAAAGCGGAUAAUAGGAGCGAGGUCACGAAUUACCUUGCAAAAAUCGUGGAGCAGAUGAUUGUGGAUGCGAAGCAGGAGUGGUUACAAGGCCAAUUGGAGGCUGGAGGGGAGGAAGUGGCGGAAGAAGAUGUGCCGUUACCACUAAUUCGGUUGAGGGUGGAAUAUUCAGCAACGGACGGGAAGUUUGAAGUGGAGAAUCCGCAGCGGUUUUCGAAUCGAUUCGUGGGGAGGGUGGCGAAUAUUAAUGAUGUAGUACAGUUUUAUCGGAGGAAGGCGGCGCCAAUACGUAGAACGAGGGAAGAUGGGACGGUAGUAGAGGCGGAUUCGGAGUCCAUACUAGCACAGUAUGGUGGGAAAGUGGAAAAUAUCCGGGUCGAGAACUUCGUCAAGGAGUAUCUUACCUCGAAGAGCUUGAAUAUUUUGCCACAUAAUGGCCUAGGCAAUGCCGUAGGGCAGUAUAUUGAUAAAGGUGACAGCCAUGCGGUUGAAGAGUUUUUGAAGGAUUCGCUGGAUACACAGUUUAAAAAGGUUCUUGAAUAUAAUGUUACUGACGCCGACGGUAUUCGAGAGGCUAUGACAAUUGAAAAGUCUAAACUGGAGGAACUUUACGAAAAGGGCGACUUCAAAGCAAAACAGAGGGCUGCCCAACGAGGCAAAAAGCAGAAGCCCGACGACUGGUUUAGCGAUCUAGACGGCGAAUUCGUUUCAGAUGAAGGAGACGUCGAUAUGCAAGACGACGACGCGGAAGGAGAAACGGCUGCUACUCCGCCGCCCGCAAAGACGACACGUGGGCGGGGAGGUUCGAAGGCGGCUGCGCCGUCACGAACGGCAAAGGGCACUACAAGAACUACCGCAAAGGCACCCGCAAAAGCACCUGCAAAGGCACCCGCAAAGGCACCCGCAAAGAAGGCGGUUACUACCGGACGAGGGAGAACUAAGAAAUCCGUUAUCAGCGAUGAAGAAGAGGAAGAAGCAGCUGAUUUAUUGGACGACGGCGAAGACGAUGAUGUCAAGAUGCUUGAUGACGACGACUUGGUUGUCAUUGGAACAGAUGAAGAAGAGGUAAUGCCAGCAAAAACUACUACAAGAAGCGGCCGUCAAGCCAGGGCUCCUGCAGCUACAAAGCCGGCUGCAAAAUCAGCGCCAGCGAAACGAGCACCAGCGAAAAAGGCAGCGGCCGCUCUACCGAAGAAGCAAACAACACUGUCGUUUUCACAGAGGUCGACUGCUACGAGGGGAACGAGUAAGUCACAAACUGCAGAGGUUGCUGGUGAUAUGAUCGAAGACUCGGACGAUGAAUCAGAUGACUUUGCCCCGGCCUCUAUGUCCAGCCGAAGAAGAUAG